CAUUUACAUGCACAGAUGCAUCAUCAUAAAUCAAAACUUUUAAAGCGAAGGGGUCAGCGUGUACGGACUUCUCUCCAAAUGGCUUCCCUCAUCCUUGAAACUUUGAGUGUCAUAGCAAUCGUUAUUUGGCAAAUUCUCAAGUCCUUCGUACGCAUAUUUUUCCCGCCACCUCGUAAAGAUAUCAAUGGAGAAAUUGUAUUCCUGACUGGCGCUGGAAGCGGCUUGGGCCGAUUGAUGGCUGUGAAGUUCGCUAAGCUUGGCGCGACAGUCGUUUGCGCCGAUAUAAAUCAAGCUGCAAACGACGAAACUGUGAAAGAAAUCCAAGAUCUAGGCUUCAAAGCGUGUGGUUAUAAAUGCGACUGUAGUAGCCGUGAAGACAUUUACCGUGUCGCUGAUCUCGUCAAGAAAGAAGUUGGCGAUGUCACGAUGCUGAUCAACAAUGCGGGGAUUGUUAGCGGCAAAAAAUUUCUGGACACAGAAGAUUGGAUGAUUCAGAAAACUAUGGAGGUUAAUACGAUGGCUCAUUUCUGGGUAUGUAUAUUGCUUAAAAACGUAAUAAUUACGUUUAAUAUAUAACUUAUAUUGCGUGAAAGAACACACGACUUGGCUAAUGUCCUUGCAUGCGCAAUGGAGCGCAUCUUUACACUGUUUACUCAAUCAUGCGUUCUCUUCUAUUCGAGUAAGGUCUCAUUAAGAAAAUAAGAGUUCUACAAAAAGUUGCAAUUACGCUUAAUAAGGAUCUGUAGUGUUUUCAGUGGAAUUUUACAGUUACAUGUAUGAAGAUUUGGUAGUCCAAAGUCCAUCAGCGGUGUUCGUCACGCUGGUAUUCGAUCUGCGUGACGUGGAGAACUGUUUGGUAAGGGGAAGGGUGUGUGGGUAGUUUUGUUCCUGCCAUGUAGUUGUCUAAGGGACAAUAGGGAGUUUAAGAUACUCCGACUACGGACUACGGCUACGGAUAAACAUGCUACUGCGCAUGAUCAAAACCACGUGACUGUUCAUUUUUCCGGCGUAGUCCUGCGGCUACGUUGAGUUGUUGAGCUGUUUCGCGUAGUCGGGAGUACGGAGAACAUUUUGCUCAUAUUUUGCCGUCUCGGUAAUUCAAGAAUCUCGUCUUUUCGUAAAAAAGGUUCAAUUUGCCUGCUUUAAGUGAGAGGGAAGCGAAAUAUGUAAGUUGUGUCUAAUUUCUGCUCAGAUUUACGCUUUUAAUCCACUGUUGUGACUACAUUUUUAUCUAGCUAAGCUCAUAUUUAAAGAAGCUUAGCUGUUUAUACGCAGAAUUCCGAUUGAUGGCCGAGGAGAAGAGAAAUCAUGCAGGUAAUUUACUUUCUCUUCACACUUGAAAAGUUUCAAUGUUUGUGCGAACUGAUUAGUGUGUCUUUCUACUUGUGUGACCUUUGUUUAUGCGAGUUUUUGUAUCGCAUUUGGUUAAUGAAAAUGAUGUAAACAUCUUCGAGACAAUCGAAACUGGGCAUUUCAAUACUUCAAACUACAUCAGAUCGGUAGUCGGAGAAGUCCAUCUUCUAAAUCUAAUAAAUGAGCUAUUACUAUUUCUGUCUAUUUCUUUAAUAUUUUACCUAAGUAUUCAUGGGCGAAAAAAAUAAAACCUGUGCAACCAAAACUUUGUUUACCAAUUUCACCCGAGCUACGGUGAUGGAACAAGGAGUAAAGUUGUAGGCGAAUCAACUUGUACGCGAAUCAACUCGUACGUAAUUGCUUCCUUCAAGUAUGGAAGAAUUUGUUCAUUGUUCUAAAGAUAAGAUCACAUGCAAAACUGACUUGCAUUUUUGUGAACUGUGGUGAAAACAAGAAAAUUUUUGGGUGUUGUUUCCCUCUCCGCCUCUUCUCUCGUAGUCUGCCGUCUGUAGUGGAAUCUUAACGUUCUAUAUUUGCACGACUCAACCCAGUGCUACAAACAAACGACAAUGCUCGUCCAGCCGUAGUUCGUAGUCCGUAGUCUCCAUAUCUUAAACUCCCUAAUCAUGAUCCCGCAGAAACGGUGAUGACGGUAACAAUAAUGAGAACAGUAAAAGAGCAACAGGUUUUCAUGUAGAUAAGACAGUACAUGUAAGAGAACAACAUUACUUUGAAAGUGCGUCACACUUUUUGUCCAUUUUUUGUAUGUUUCCUUGCCAUUGUUGCACGACCAUGAUUUAAAACCUCCUGUUUUCAUGUGUUAUGGAGGACAUGAACACAAGAAAAAUGAUUUUCUUUUUUGUUUUCUGAACUUAAAUAAUGUACAGUCUUGUAGGAUUCAAUUCCAGAAAAACUGGCCAACACUGGACAAUUUCACCCAGCUGAAUUAAGAGCAAAGACUUAGAAACAGCACAAAUUCCCUUUUUGGGUGACAUCUUCACUGUCAUCUCCAUCUCCCUAAUAGCAUAAUAAUUAUUGUUCUACUGGGUACUUAAGCAGGGGGUAAAUGGUGGUCCACCCUAAUUUAUGGCAUAAAAAUGGCAUCUCUGUGUUUCUAAAUUAACAAGUCAAAUUUCAACGAAACUUCCAAAUUUCAUUUUUUAAAUAAUGCAGAAAACAAAUUUCCCAAGUGAAAGUACCGCUUACUGUCCAACAAGACUCCUUACACAACUGUAAUUUAAUCUGGGAGGGAAAGGUUUGAUAUACAGUUACAUGUACAGUGUAAACCUCAAUUAAGCAGCCAGUAACCAAAAUCCCUAAAUUGUGGAAGAAAUGGUAAAUUAAAUCUCUAUUCAGGAGGGUCGACCACUUUUGGUCUUCCCAACAAGAGUUCCCGUAUUAUUUUGACCUCUUUUAAGCGGCCAUAGGUUGCUUGAUACACUUAAGGGUGCGUUCCUUUUGAGAUGAUCAGGAUCAGUCAUCCGAGAUCACUCAAAUCAUGGUAGAUCAAAAAAUGGACCCGUGAAUCCACUCUGGACAAGGAUUCAUCGGUUCAUUUGAUUUACCGUGAUCUGAGUAAGCUCACAUCACUAAUCCUGAUCCAGAUCAUCUUAAAGGAAUGCACCCUUAGUUUGGCUUCAUUUCAAGAAUUUGUUGAAGGAAUUACAGUCAAGAUAGAGGUUGACGAUCAAUCGUGAACCAGUAAUGCUUCUCCCAUCACAUGUUUGUUUCAAAAUGAAGUGACAUUUCUGCUAAAGAUCAUGCUUAUUCAUGACAAACCUCUAUUGAGCGGCCACCCUCUGUUAACCGGCCACUUGCCCAUACCCCAAGAGCAUGACUGCUUAAGAAAGGUUCAACUGUAAUACAGAUGUCAAAGCUGUUCCAAGUUCAAAGAGUGAUCAAUUACAUUUUUUACGUUCAACAACAGACCACAAAAGCCUUUUUACCAUCAAUGAUAGAGAAAAACCAUGGCCAUGUUGUCACAAUAGCAUCAUCUGCUGGUUUCUUUGGUGUCUCUGGACUAUGUGAUUACUGUGCCUCCAAGUUUGCAGCAGUUGGCAUUGACGAGUCACUGUUCAUGGAGUUGGGAGCGUUGAAAAAGGAUGGUGUUCACACAACUGUUGUCUGCCCAUACUUUAUUAACACAGGCAUGUUUGAUGGGGUUAAAACAAGGUAAAAUCUUAUCUUCUUCGGCUAUCAUAACAAAUCAAUUAAUGACUGGUCUCAUGAAACUAGUUUAUUUUGUUUUGGCAGAAUCUCAAUGUUUUCAAGGCAGAGCUGAAGGAAACACUGAGAUUCUUGGUUUCAGCAGAAAUACAAUGUAACUGUUUCCUGAGAGAUGAAUCAUAUUUCUUUAUACAGUAGUUAAGAUCCAUUAAUUUUUUAUUGGGCUUUGUGUAAUUUAUAAUGAACAAUAAAUAAUAAUUAUAAUUUGAAUAAGGCUGAGUAUGAUGUGAAGAAUUUGCAGUUUGACUAGAAUACACUUUGGCAUAUUCUUGCAUUUCUUCUAUAGUGUUAUCAGAAAUUCAGCUACAAUUUUUGUCUUUGGAUAGCUGAGAUCACCUUUUUUUGGUUCACUAUUGCCCAAGCAGUCUUGUGUCCUAGCAAAUAUACCAUCGUAUCAAUGAUACAUUGUACAUUGCUGCAUCUUCCAAAUACCAAGCGCCACUCGGUUAUGAAGAAUUAGCUGGGGGGUUGGAGCCAAUCAGAAAUGGCAAAAUAUUUUGAAUGAAUAAUAAUACCAAUUAAUCACCUUAAACUUUAGGUUCCCUCUUCUUCUUCCAAUUCUGGAACCUGACUGGGCAACCGACCAGAUGGUAGAUGCUGUUUUAAGAAAUAAGGCACUUUUGUUCCUUCCAAGAAUUCUGAGUUUGGUUCUCUGGCUCAAAAGGUGA